AUGAGUACAACUGGCCAUCGUGCGGGAGUCUUCAAGAAGCCGGCAAAGCCGCACAAGUCGUGGAAGGGAAAACGUACGAAAGGAGAGAUCACAACCGAGAAUCGAGGCCGCGAAGGCGUCAAACAGCUCACUCGCUCCGCCCACUCCACGCAUCGUGCCGUCUCAAAAGACGCUCGUCGAAAUCAGCUCAAAAUGGCGAGAGAUCGAAAGAUGGCUGAUGCGAUGGAGAGACGCAGAACGUCGAAUGCUCCGUGUCUUGUGACAAUCCUAUCCCUUGGCGUCGGUGCCCGCCCCUCAGAAUUCCUCAAAAAAUUGGCGACGUGCGACGAAACAAUUGUCCAAACGCACUCCCCAUCCACCAUCGACUUCGCGAUUCCACGUUUCAAAUCGCGAAUCUCCUUCCUGACUCCAGACAAGGAGAAUGUCGAUUCCGUUCUUGACGCCAUCCGCGCUUCCGACGUCCUCUGCUUCCUAUGGCCUCUUUCGGCGGAACUCUCUGAAUGGGAUGAGCAAUUGCUCACGAUUUGCAAGGCCGCUGGUCUCCCAACAAUCGUUAGUGUUGUCCCAGGACUCGGUGGAAUUCAGAAUCAUAAGAAGAAAGAAGACGUGAGAAAAGGAAUCGAGUUCACUAUUUCGAAAUGGAGCAUGAGCAAUGCUGGAGUGAUGCCUGCGGAUUCUGUCACUGAUAACCUCCAAUUGCUUCGAACUCUGAAUGAAACUAAAAAGAAGCCGUUGACCCUCCAAGCUAGACACUCCUAUAUGCUUGUUGAGAAUCUGGAAGCCACUGAAUCUCCAGAAGAUUCUUCUAAAAUCACUUUAAAGGCUCAGGGAUACCUCAGAGGACCGGAAUGGAACGCCAACAAUCUUAUCCAUCUUCCAGGCUUUGGAGAUUUUCAAAUUUCGAAAAUCGAGACUGCCGCUGAUCCGCAUCCCUUGAAGACGUCACCACCGAAGGGUGCAGAAGUCAUUGCAAAGGCUGACGAGAAGCGGCAGAGUUUGGAAACAGAGAUCACUCUAGAUGCGAUGGAUGGAGAGCAGACGUGGCCAACGCAGGAGGAGUUGGAGGAGGCUGAUAAGGAGAUGCGUCGUGUGCCAAAAGGAACGUCUUCAUAUCAGGCAGCGUGGAUUUUGGAUGAUUCGGAGGAUGACGAAGAUGAAGAAGAUGAGGAUGAGGAUAUGGAUGAUGAAGAAGAGGAUAAGGAUCUAGAAGAAGAUGACGAGGAGGAAGACACUCCAAUGGAUCUGAAAUCGGAAGCCGGAGAAACCACAGCUUCUGAGAUGAUGUUCCACGAUGAAAUCGACGAGGACAUCAAUCUCGCAGAAGUUGAAAAGUACCGAAAAGAACGAGAGAACGCUCAAUGGCCAGACGAAGUGGACACUCCGAUCGAUCAGCCAGCGAGAAUUCGUUUCCAAAAGUAUCGUGGAUUGAAGAGUUUCCGUACGUCUACAUGGGAUGCCAAAGAGAAUCUACCAGUGGAUUACGCGAGAAUUUUCCAAUUUGCCAAUUAUAAAAAUACGAAAAAGAAUGUGAUGUCCAAGAUUGGAGGGAACGAUGUGGAUGCUGGCGACGCAGUGAUUGAUAAGAAAUUCAACGGAGUCUUCGCAAGUGUCUAUAUUGAAAAUGUGCCUGUCUCUGUGAUGGAGGCUUAUAAGGAGACGAAGAAUCUCGUGCUCUUCCAACUUCUCCCUCACGAACAGAAGAUGUCGAUUCUGAAUAUGGUUCUGAAGAAGCAUCCAUCGUGUACAGUCCCGAUUGGUUCUGAAGAUCAGAAAUUCAUCUUCUACGUGGGAUUCAGACAAUUCGAAGCGCACGCUGUGCUUUCGUCGAAUACGCCUGGGGACAAGUUCAAAUUGGAACGAUUCAUGCCGACGGAGAAGACGUUUGUGGCUACUGUAUAUGCACCGAUUACGUUUAAUCCGGCGACAGUGUUGUGUUUCAGACAAGAUGAUAAGGGAAGACAGGAACUCGUCGCCACUGGCUCAGUCCUCGACACGAAUCCGGAUCGAAUCGUCCUGAAACGUACCGUACUCUCCGGUCAUCCAUACAAGAUUAAUCGCCGUGCCGUCGUUGUCAGAUACAUGUUCUUUAAUAGAGAAGACAUUGAUUGGUUCAAACCAGUGGAACUCUACACGCCAUCAGGACGUCGUGGACACAUCAAAGAAGCUGUCGGUACUCAUGGACACAUGAAAUGUCGAUUCGAUCAACAGUUGAAUGCGCAAGACUCGGUUAUGCUUAAUUUGUAUAAACGCGUCUUCCCCGUGUGGGAUUAUUCGCUUUUUAAUCGCAACCUGAAUCCAUCUCGUUUCGUCGAACGUUCGCGUGUCGAAAGCAUCAGCUUGGUCCAAGAGGAUGCCAUGGAGGAAUAG